AUGGCUGAGAGCAUCAAGGUCGUUUGUCGUGUGAGGCCAUUAAAUGAAAAUGAAAAGGCUAAAGAUAAUAAUUACUGCGUGAGCUUUCCAACUGAAGCGAGUAACCUUAUACGAUUGGAAAAGGACAAAACUUACGCAUUCGAUCAUGUUUUUCAACCAAAAGCUCAGCAAGCGGAACUUUACAACACAGUUGCGAAGCCUAUCGUAGCCGAUGUUCUUAAUGGAUACAAUGGAACUAUCUUUGCUUAUGGACAAACUGCCAGCGGGAAAACAUUCACAAUGGAGGGGGUUCUUGGUGACCCAGUUUUGCAAGGAAUUAUUCCAAGAAUUGUUCACGACAUUUUUAAUCAUAUAUACAACAUGGACGAAAACCUAGAAUUCCAUAUAAAGGUUUCGUAUUUCGAAAUCUACUUGGACAAAAUUCGGGACUUACUUGAUGUGUCUAAAAGCAACCUAUCCGUGCACGAAGACAAGGAUCGGGUGCCUUACGUCAAAGGUGCGACGGAAAGGUUUGUUUCGACCCCUGAGGAAGUGUUUGAUGUCAUUGACGAAGGGAAGGCCAAUCGUCACGUCUCUGUAACAAAUAUGAAUGAACACAGUUCGCGGUCUCAUUCGAUUUUUAUGAUUACGGUUCGCCAGGAAAAUCUGGAAACUCAAAAAAAGCUCCAUGGCAAGUUGUACCUCGUUGAUUUAGCCGGCAGUGAGAAGGUGGCUAAAACUGGUGCUGAAGGCAGCACGCUUACAGAGGCAAUGAAUAUCAACAAGUCGCUCUCAGCUCUAGGUAACGUCAUCAAUGCACUAGUUGACAACCAUGCUCAUAUCCCUUAUCGUGACUCAAAACUCACACGGAUCCUUCAAGAGUCUUUGGGAGGCAAUGCCAAAACGACCAUGGUCAUUUGCGUUUCGCCUUCAAGCUACAACGAAUCUGAGACCAAGUCGACGCUUCUUUUUGGCAUGCGCGCUAAGACUAUCAAAAACAUUGUCACUGUUAACGAGGAGUUAACGGCAGAUGAAUGGCGCCGACGAUACGAGCGGCUUCAGGCAAAAGCUCGCCGAAUGAAAGAAAUUAUUGCCCGUCUGGAGGCUGAGCUUAAGCGGAAACGUCUUCACAUUGUUAUUGUUUCCGUUUGUUUUGUCGUAGAAAAGCAGAUAUUGUCUCCUAUCCGUUACACUGAAAGCGAAACUGUGAGCUCAACUGACUGGGUGGUUGCAAUGGAACUUGAACUCGAAGAGGAGGCAUCAGACACCGUCUCAUCGGCUACUCCUUCCGGUGUGCCUUCACUACCUUCAACGACCGUGCCUACGUCAUGCAAUACACCCACUAGCAGGCCUAGUGAUUCGACUGUGCCUUUCACCGCAGUGCCUGCUGGUGGCGGUGGCGUUUUGGGAGUGAGUGAAGAGCAGCUGCACGCCCUCUAUCAGCAGCUCGACGACAAAGACGACGACAUCAACAAACACACUCAAACAAUCGCCCGUUUGCGCCUGCAGCUGGAGGAGCAGGAGGAGAUGCUUCGGACGGCCCGCAUGGAAGCUGAGACCAGUCUUGCUGACGUGGCUCAGCUGCAGGCCGAGUGCCAGUCAAGCAAGGAGGAAGCGAAGGAUAUCUUGCAGGCACUGGAGGAGCUGGCUUUAUCCCAUGACCAACGCGACGCCGAGCUUGCAGCACGUGACCGGGAAAUUGAGGAGAUCAAAGAGCACCUAGCACAGAAGUCCCUCCUUAUAAACGGUAAGGAAAGCGAGGUUCAGUUGGCUCGUGACACGCUGGCCGCCCAGCGCAAGAAGUACGCUGAAAUCGUCGGCACUCUCAUUCGCGAUGUUCUCGAUAUCGGUGAAUGUAUGAGCAGUCAGCUUCAGGCAAGUCAAUUAACUGUUUUGAUAGCUGGCCACUCUUCCAUACUGUGGCCAACUGGCAAAUAUACUAACCUUAACACUGCUUUCAUUAUCGCUAAUUUGUCAUGCGUCGAUAAGCCGAAUACGGGUACCGGUGAACGACUUGACGAAGAUGUGACGGUUAUGCGUCUGUACAUGAACAAAAUGAAAACUGAGGCCAAGAUGCUGCACUCACGGGUGAACCAGCUCGAGGAAGAGCGAGUGCAGAAUGUGCAGCUUUUGAGGAAAUCGGAGGAUGAGUCUAAGGAGUACGCCAUCCGAGUCCGAGAGCUCGAAGCGAAAGUGCAAAGUCUUACAGACAAAGUGGAUGAUUCGGAUUCCCGCAAACGGCAGCUGCAAGAUAUGGUCGAUAAUCUGAAUGCCGACGUUGCCAAACUGCGUGCCAACGAACAGCUAUUGGCUGGGGCCGGUUCAACCAAUAAGGAGAUCCUCGCAGGGCAGUCUGAAAUUCGUGUAAAGUUGGACGAAGAGUUUAAACGUCAGAGUGAACAAUAUGCGCAGCAAGUCAAGCAGUUGCGUGAUGAACUGGAGUCCAAGGAUAAGAAAUCCGAAGAACUUAAAGAUGAAUUGAAUCAUGUCAAGUUGCAAUAUGAAAAGUCGUCCGAGGAAAGUGCCACACUGAGGAAGCAGCUGGAAGCCACAACAAGCCGUUUGGAGGCCCUUGAAAAGGAGGAGACUCGGCGAGAGCAGUCGAAGCAGGAUCUACGUGCCCUCGAAGAGACCAUGGUCAAGGAGUUCAACACUCUCGCCACACUUCGCCGUCUCUUCGUACAGGAUCUGAAGAACAGGGUGAAAAAGCAACAGGGCCAGAACGCCGGUGCUGCGGGGCUGAAAGAGCUCCUCGGCGGCGAGGAGGAGGAAGACGAGUCCAACCAGUGGGGCUCGCUUGCACAGCGCGAGAAGAUCUCCUUCCUCGAGAACAAUCUGGCCAAGUUGACUAUGGUGCACAAGCAGCUCCUCCAUGACAAUGCUGAACUUCGUUUGGAGCUACCGAAGCUGGAAAAGAGACUUCGGGCAAGUGUCACGUCCUCCCGGCUUUUUUAUGUCGUGUUAGCCCACGAAUUGAAAUCGACGGUUGAGCGCGUGCGAAACCUGGAGAUGUCUCUGAAAGAAGCUAAGGAAGGCGCGAUGCGGGACAGGAAGCGGUACCAACAUGAGGUGGACCGCAUCAAGGAGGCCGUUCGUCGCAGACAAGUCGGUCGCAGCGGACUUGCCUCAGCAAUGAUCGCCAAGCCCAUUCGUGCUGGUCACGCACCACCUGCCGCCAUUCAGGGGGGUGGUGGAGGCGGUGUCGUGCGACCAACGUAA